GAGCAAGUUCAGGAAACUAUGGCCAUUGACAAGGAUGGAAGAGCUGGUACUUCAAAAGAAGAGUUGGAGAUUAUGAGAGAAGAUGGGGAGCUUCCAGCUUUAACCCAGCUCCAUCUGUCAUGAAAGAUGGCAAACUUACCACUCAGAAAAGGUCUAACCCUAACCACUCCAAGCAGCUGGCUUUAAUUACGAAGAGUAUUGUUUCUCCAGUUGGUACAGGAAAAUCAUCAAGUUUCAAAAAACAUGAAGAUGACUCAGAUCUCAUGCUGGAGACUGAUAGUGAUGUGGAUGAGCCUGCAGAAAUUGAGGCAGAGGCAGAAAAUGCUGCUUUGGCUCAACACUAUGAGAUAGCCAAAAAAUCAGGGGUGGACUAUGGGGUCCAGGAAUUCUGUCUUGUUUUAACAAGGAAAAGUAGAUGAUGGUGAGAGGAAUUUGAAAUUAGAAGCCAAGGUUCUGAUCAGCAUGGAGUAUCCUCUUAGGCUUCCUCUUUUUAAGUGAAUAUUUGUUCUUCUCCUGGAGAAACUUCUUCUGAGAACAAGGAUCGCAACCGGCCCAAUGAAAUUCAUGCUAUUGAGGCAGAGGUCAAUCUUCACAUGUUAAAGAUGGCUCCCCAAGAUCAGGAGACCUAUAUCGUAUCCUGUCAAGUGUACUGUCUUGCAAUGCUGUUUGACUAUUGCGUGGACAAGGCAUCCCCAUCUUCUGUAAGGAGGAAAUGUAAUUCUGUGAUUGAUGUUGGUCCGUGCAAACCUGUUAGCGGUAGGCUUCUUGCCAGAUCAUCUAGAGGAAGGGAUCGAAGGAAAAUGAUAUCCUGGAAGGACAUGGAAUGCACUGAAGGCUACCCUUUUUAGUAAAAUUUCAAAUUGAGG